CAGAGGCACUGGCUGUUCUAGAAAGAAGUAGCCUAUGUCUGCAGCACAGGGAGCGUGCACCACGUGGCGUCCACCAGGCGAGAGACGGGGCCCAGAUCUUGUAGUCAGGAGUGGGGGUGAGGAGGAAGAACUUGCUCGGCACUGAGACUCCAGAAGAGAGGUCAACUUUGACCACUUUCAGAUUCUGCGGGCCAUUGGUAAAGGGAGUUUUGGAAAGGUAUGCAUCGUGCAGAAGCGAGACACAAAGAAGAUGUACGCGAUGAAGUACAUGAACAAGCAGAAGUGCAUCGAGAGGGAUGAGGUGCGGAAUGUGUUCCGGGAGCUGCAGAUCAUGCAAGGGCUGGAGCACCCGUUCCUGGUCAAUCUGUGGUACUCCUUCCAGGACGAGGAGGACAUGUUCAUGGUGGUGGACCUGCUGCUGGGCGGGGACCUGCGUUACCACCUGCAGCAGAACGUGCGCUUCACCGAGGGGGCUGUGAAGCUGUACAUCUGUGAGCUGGCCCUGGCCCUGGAGUACCUCCAGCGGUACCACAUCAUCCACAGAGACAUCAAGCCAGACAACAUCUUACUGGACGAGCAUGGCCAUGUUCACAUUACAGACUUCAAUAUCGCCACGGUCGUGAAGGGAGUAGAAAAGGCUUCCUCCAUGGCCGGCACCAAGCCUUACAUGGCUCCAGAGGUCUUCCAGGUCUAUGUGGAUGGAGGUCCUGGCUACUCAUACCCUGUCGACUGGUGGUCCCUGGGCAUCACAGCCUAUGAGCUACUGCGGGGCUGGCGGCCCUAUGAAAUCCACUCAGCCACGCCCAUCGAUGAAAUCCUGAACAUGUUCAAAGUGGAGUGCGUCCACUACUCCUCCACCUGGUGCAAGGGCAUGGUGGCCCUGCUGAAGAAGCUCCUGACCAAGGACCCCGAGAGUCGCCUGUCCAGCCUCAGCGACAUCCAGAGCUCGCCCUACUUGGCCGACAUGAACUGGGAUGCUGUGUUCGAGAAGACACUGGUGCCGGGUUUCGUGCCCCAUAAAGGGAGAUUGAACUGUGACCCCACGUUUGAACUGGAAGAGAUGAUUCUAGAAUCCAAGCCACUUCACAAGAAGAAGAAGAGGCUGGCCAAGCACAGAUCCAAAGACAGUACAAAGGAGAGUUGUCCGCUGAAUGGACACCUGCAGCAGUGUUUGGAGACGGUGCGGAAGGAGUUCAUCAUCUUCAACAGAGAGAAGAUCAGGAGGCAGCAGGGGCCGGGCAGCCAACUCUUGGACCCCGAAGGCCGAGUGGGGAGCCAGGCCCCGAGCAAGCUCCAGGACGGGCGCAACAACAACCUCUUCACCCACAGCUGCCCCCGAGGCUGCAGCCACUAAGGCCCGCCCGCAGCCCCGGCCAUGGCUCCGUCCGCGCCCAGCCCACCCAGAGCCCCUCUGUGCCACACACCCAGCUCACCCCUGAAAAGCCGCCAGAUGCCGAGCGAGCCGUGGACUCCCGCUGGGAAGCCUGCGUUCUGGUCCCUGCUGCUGACAGGCUGUGUGAACUUGGACCAGUCACACGCUGUCUCUGUGCCUCCAUCAAGCUGUCUGCCCACCUAUUCCAGCGUGGUGAGAACCCACUUGGACAGCACACACGCAAACCCUGCGAAUUUAGAAAUCAGUUAUACUUGCAAAAGGGGACUUAACAUUGAAGCGCAUUGCCAUCACCCAAAUCGCAGCCGGGAUUGAGCCCAGCCCAGCCGCUGCAUCCACAUGUCAACACUCGUAAGUCCAGAGUUCACCCAGAGGUCUCCUAUCUGUAAACUUCCUGAACGGUGCAGUGUGCAGAUGAGCCUGGUUCCAGGGACUCUGGCUCCCAGGGGACCUCUGCAUCUCCCGCCCUCCCCUCCCCAGUGCUGGGAUGGCAGCCGCGGUCCUGGGCAGGUGGGCAGGGCACUGGACACUGGCUUCUCCCAGAUGUUGUCCCAGCCCUGGAUGGAACGUCCGGUCCCUGUCGGGCUUCCUGGUUUUCCUGUCUGAGAAAGGUGUCACACAGGUGGUCGUCCAUUUUGGACAAAGGGCAUCUAAAGGUACUGAUGGCGGCUUCCUGUUCAUACAUUAGGGUGGGUUCCUUAGAAAGUCUGUUCUAGAAGGGAAGUCAGUUCACUCAAGAAGCAAACUGCCCUAUGGCCUGGUCAGGAAGAAGCUUGCCCUUGAACUGGGGACACUGAAGCUUAGCAACUACAGCUCAGGCUUUGCACUCAGGUUUGAGGGCAGAAUCCAGCUGAGCUGAGCAGCUCGAAGACCUCAGGCCCCUGUGUGCGAUUGCUCAUGUCUGUUUCCUCAGUUUGAAAGAGGAAGACGACCUCUAACCUCUGGGGCUGUCACAGGACAGAGUGCCCGGCCACUGGGCAUCCUCACCACCACCACCAUCAGACUCCUCUUCCUGCUUGUCGUUAUGUGCAGACACUCACCCCUCCCCGCCUCGCCAACGGGCACAUCUGUCUGCUGCUCAUGUGUAGGCUUC